AUGGAAAUUAAGCAAAACAUUAUGGAUUUGUCUUUUUUUUUGAGUCUCAACAAGAAGAAACUUAUAUUGAUCGAAUGUCAACAGAUAAAAUUAUGUUUUGUUUCAGCACCAGUUCUACCGAAUGCAAAUUUGAAUGUGAAUACAAAAUGGAUACAGAACGGUAUCACUGUCGCUGGAGUAAAUGGACCCGGUACUGGAAUGAAUCAACUCUGCAAUCCAUGGAGCUUAUAUAUUGAUGAUGAUCAAACUGUCUACAUUGCUGACUGCUCGAAUCAUCGUAUUGUAGAAUGGAAACGUGGUGCAACGACUGGCCGAGUUGUGGCAGGUGGAAAUGGACCAGGAAACCGUCCUGAUCAGUUGAACUGUCCGACAGAUGUGAUUCUUGAUAAAGAAACAAAUAGUCUUAUCAUUUGUGAUUAUGAGAAUAAAAGGGUUGUUCGAUGGUCUCGUCAAAAUGGUAAAAAUGGAGAAACGAUCAUCUCAAAUGUUGGAUGUUGGGGCUUGACAAAGGACGAUAAUGGAUUUCUCUAUAUUGUUAAUUAUGAUAAACAUGAAGUUCGACAAUAUCGAAUGGGAAAACGUCAAGAAAUAAUUGUUGCAGGUGGAAAGGGACCAGGAAAUCGUCUCAAUCAGUUGUAUCAACCAACUUAUGUAUUUGUCGAUCAAGAUCAUUCAGUUUACGUAUCAGAUUCCAACAAUAAUCGUGUAAUGAAGUGGAUGAAAGGUGCAAAACAAGGCAUUAUUGUGGCCGGUGGCCAAGAAAAUAAUCUUACACAAUUAUCAAAUCCUUUUGGACUUGUCGUGGAUCUCUUAGGUACUGUCUAUGUGGUUGACAGUGGGAAUCAUCGACUAAUACGUUGGUCUCAAGGAGCCACACAGGGAAGUGUCAUCGCGGGUGGAAAUGGUCAAGGAAGUCAAUCAAAUCAACUCAAUGGUCCCGUUGGUUUGUCAUUUGAUGACGAGGGUAAUCUCUACGUGAGUGAUGAAGGAAAUCAUCGAGUACAAAAGUUCAACAUUGAUCGAAAUUGA